AUGGUGGCCCUCCACCGUGGAGCAAAUUUCAUGCUUGAAAAUCCUCUGCAAUCUCUUAUCUACUUCCACCCACGGCUUCGCAAGUUCCUCAAGAAGCGCGGCCACACGGAACAAAUGACCUGGCUUGGAAUGUAUGGUGCCAAGACCUGGAAGCCUGUUAAACUGGUGAGUUCGUCAAAGGAAGUUCAACGUCUUUAUAGGAAGCUCAACAAGAAGAAGUUCGGGAAGAGUGGGAGCACUCGACAGUACCGGUCGGCAAGUGGGAAGCUAUGCUUUCAGGGGGUUCCGGGAAAGUUAUGUGAGACUGAAGUAUACCCCCCGGAGUUUGGGAGGGCGGUCCUUCAGCUGCAAUGA